UUUAUAUGCCGGAGGGGUUCGGCGGAUACGUGAGCCUGGGGAUCGCUGGCGUUUCCCACAGCCCCUCGGCCAAUCCAGGCACGCAGCUGAACAAUAGAGGGAGCAUCAUUAGCGCAUGGUAGAUUGAUCGCAAAUGCCCUGGAGAGAAUAACCUUCUGCCCACGCUGGCUGGUGGUGUGUGCAGCGCGGCUCCUCAGGGCUGCCCGGGGAUCUGGGAAAACCCUGACCCUCCAGCUGGUCGCCUGGGAGCAAUUGCAUUCCUGAGCCCCGGCAUGUGCCAGUCGCAUUUCUGGCGUGGAGGAGGCGUGCUUUUGGGGGAAGGUGGGAAAAGAAGAAGGGGAGCACUGUUAGGGUCAAAAUCAACAGCACCUAGGGCAUCUCUCCGCUCUUUCUAGAGAGGGCACUCUACAGCCGGCCCCCCAGGUGCCGUAUGCCAGCGUGUUGGGUGUAUUUGCGCUUGUCCAUACAGUCAUUGCGCUUUUAACGGGUGAGCCAAAGUGUUACUAGCGUGAAACGACAGGUUUGUUUGCAUGACAUUUCUAAAUGCUGUGGAGAAUCUAGAGUCAGGAUGGUGGGAUGUUGGAUGGACAGGGUGAAUAAAUAGGGAAUGGGAAGCAAAUGGAGAUGGUAGCCACUGUUUCUCCUUUCACACAUGGAGGUCUGUCAGCCUGUUGCACCAGUGUUCCCAUCGCCUUCGUUAAGGACGGCCACACGCCUCCGAGCAGAACUGCGCCCAUGCCUCGUUGACCCUGUAGCUCUUUCUUUUCCCUUUUCUGCUCUCUCUGUCACACAAUUUACAGGAUGGUUAAGAUGGGCUAAAGAAUAGCAUCAGAUUCAACCCAGAAGCCCUAGGCCUGGGGAAGUCAGAGGCAGGUCAUGCAUGGGAUUUCGUAGCUGAGGCCCAUCUUAGGACCUCAGGGAGGUCAGUUUUGCUUCUGGCCUGAGGUUUAUGGUGCACUCUGUUCUCUGACCGAGGAGCAUCACGCUGCCCCACUGCAGACCGGACCUGCCGCGAUUUGCAGAACGUGAGACCCCAGAGGCCACAUAAUUGCCCCCCUGAGUAACCUGCAGCAUGUCAUCCCCACUCCAUUUUCUUAUCUGGAAAAUAGGGAUUGUGCUGCUUGCUUGUAUUUGCAUGAAAAUUUCAAUGGAAGUUAAGCAAACAUUAUUUCUUUUGUGGUAAAGGCAAGAAAAAGAAUGGAGUUGUGUGGUCACUUCAGGUCAAUUUGAUUUUGUCUAUUGAGAAGAAUCUCUGCCCAGAUACAGUCUUUGAGGCAGCACUGAAAAUAACCCAGAACCUACCUGAGAAAAGCUCCUGCCAUCCGAGGGCCCAGCCUGUAGCGCCCGAGGCAGAGGCGUGCUCAUCUUCUCCUGGUGCACGGCCGGUGCACGGGAGCGCAGCUGAGCAUCUGGAAAUGGAAACAGUGGCGGGAGGUGUGCAGUGAGGUAAGAAAGCCAAAUUUCUUACUUGGAAAUCCUGGAGUGAAGCCUGAGUUUAACGGGCAGUUGACGGGAAGGAGGGAGGUGUCACCGAAAGAGCCAGCUUCGUGCUUUUCAUUGUCUGGGCCUGAAUGGGCUUAGCUCUUUGUGAAGGGCAGAUGUUGUCCUUGGAGCCCUUUAUUCCCUGUGUUGUGGGAAAGCCAGGAGACAAGACAUCUCAUGGACACUUUGAAGCAGUCAAAGGAUUAUGGUACAGAAUAAGAUACGGCUCAGAGACCAUGCCCUAGCUUUUGCCAGCUGUAAUAAGGUGUUGCCCUUUUUCCUGUGCUCUUUGGCUGGCCUUCCUCCAAAAGUUGGUGUCCUGACUUAUCCCUUUCCUAGCGAGGGAGCAAUAGCAGCAGGCCUUGGAGCUAGGAGCUGACAGGUAGGCUUGUACCAAGCUGGUUGAAGAGACUCUUCAGUGUCAAAACCAAUCUUUCUCCCAACUCCUGAGAAGCAGCCCUGACCUUUAUUGCUGUAUUAUAACUGAUGGCCAGAUGGUCUUUUGGGAGUUGGAUUCUUUCCCUUUAAAUCAUUCAGGCUCAAGCACCAUCACUAAUGUCGUGAGUAGUUGCAUGGCACACUUCUAUUGUCCCAACAAGAAAUGUUAUCAAUGGGGGAAAAGUAUGGGAAACGCAGAGAAAUUCAAACCCACGCAGCCUGGUGCUAAUAACUCCUUUGUGGAGCCUGCGCUUCUGUCAAGGCACGAUGAACUCGCAUGGCUUUUUCACCAAGCAAGGCUGAAAAGCACUGGUUGCACCAGGCAGAGCAGGGGUUUCUCAGGGAUCUGUGUUUACCAGGAGAAGGAGGCAACACGGGGCAAGGGGGCAGAGGUGCUGGUUCACAUGGCUGGAGGAAUAGCGAGCUCGGACGCAGCACUGGCUGUCCCCAGGGGGCCGCUGGUUUGCUUCACCAUGCCUCCAGCUGCUCUUCUGGGAAACAGGAGCGGUGCUGUUAGCUCUUUCACAGAGCCCUCUUGGAACCAGGAGCUGAGCCAGUGUCUGUGGUGGGAGGUAGGGACAGGGAUGAAGUGGCCCUUGUGCUUUCCUGGCACCACUUGGGGAUAUUGCUUGACCACCUGCGAGAACCAAGUGGAGAAGGAGCAUCUCUGGGGACAGUGCUCCUCUGCAGUGGAAGAGCUGAGGGCAGCCUCUUCUCACUGUCUUGUGGAGGAGUGUCUUGUCUCCCCAGAUGCUGGGACCCUGGCAGAGAUACUUCUUUUGUGGGCCACCCCUUUGUCACCACGGCUGCCUGGAAAGCAGAGCCUUGCAGGGUCUGUCCUGAAUGAGAUCUGAUCCCCAGUGGGCUUUUGUCUCUUCGUCAGGCCAGCCCAUGGGUUUCGUUGCUGGAAAGGCUUAUUGACACAGGUAAAAUGGAAGGCUUUUUAGGACCAAGCUAGGCCUGAUCUCAUUUUCACAGGGAAUGUGCAGUGUGACUGAGGAAGGCAGUGGCAAUGACAAUACCUACCAGCGUCCCAAGUAGAGCUGGCAGGACACAUCUGUGCGGAAACCAUUAUCUUUGAAUGCUUGAUGGAAUUACUGGGUCUGUAUGCUGUGCCACACUCGCACCUCGCUAUUGCUGGGCGGAUGUGUCCUAAUGUUUAAGAUUUCCUGGAUUUUAGCACCGCAAAUCCCUGCAGUAUUGCCACAUCCCUUCAUCAUCCUCAUACUCUCAUGACUCGCUCCAUGGAGGUUUCCUGGAUAAGGUUUGAAAAGACAGGGUACUGUCUAAUUGAGGUGAACCCUAAUGAUCAUUUGACAGAUUUUAACUUAGGAGCCACUGCUUACUUUGGUGUCACAGACGGAGAUCGCUUCCCCAGGUGCACCUAACCCUGCCCACCGUGUUCUGCUUGGGGCGUUUCAGUGAUAACAACAUUCUACACAGUAAAUGGUUUAAAAAAUGGUUUGGCACGGGAGGUAAUAUGUAAAGAAAUGAUCCUGCCAAACUUGCUAUUCAGGAUUGGCGGCUUCUGCUCUCACAAGCCGAGCAUAAUUCCGAACCAACAGCGUGGAAGUGUAGUGAAAUCUGUCUCUUUCAGGGGAAAAGGUUAUGUUUUUAUUAGACCUAUUGUAUAAAAUAUUCCAUUAAAUGUCAUUAGCAUGGCAUUAUCUUGCCUCCUUUAGACAUUAGAACCCUGGCAAAAAGGGGUCUUUUAUUACUGUAAAGUACAUUCUUCACAGGUUUAACCUUUUUAAAUUAGUUUUUCUUUAGAUCCAGAAUGCUUAAUAUACUGCCAUUCCCAGGUGCAUAAGUGAAGGCAAAUGGACUUUGAUCAUUAGGAAACAUAUGAGACAAUUUGAUCUGCGUUUUCAGGGUUAUUGGAGGCAAAAGCAAUUUCUAUCGCUGCUUGUGUGGGUGACCCUGAAAUAGUCAUGCACCAAUGACAUAGUCUUUCUACAGUGAGUAUUCCAAAUAAUUAAAAAUUAGGAAGAAUUUAUUAUUUUUCUGCCCAGCUGAAAUUCCCACAAGUCACCUUUCAGCAUAUUCAAGAGUGCACAAGAGGGAUUUAUUAUUUCCUGGUAUAUUGACUCUGAAAGGUCUGGGGAUUACAGCUGCUUUGCACAUGAAUAGCUGGAGUGUGUUGUACAAAAGGCAUGGUCUGUGGGAUAAUGGGGUUGGAUGUGGGAAAGCGCUGACCCUGGGGGAGAGCAGGCUGGUGCCUGAUGGCAGGAAUCAAUUAUGUCUCAAAGGAACACAUUGCCCUGGGAGCAGGCUUUGCGGGAGCCACCAUGUUAUGUGUUUACCACCCUCCUCCUUCAAAAACCCAGAUAAAACAACCACAGAAUAUAUCCUAUCCUUCUGCUUUUACCAGGGCACUUGGCUACACCUUGCUCUGUAGUGACGCCUGUCAGUGCUAAGUUUGUGAUGAUCUCGGUAACGUAACUGUUCCCAUCUCGGCAGCAGGGCUGCGACCCAGCAGAUCUCUCACACGUGCUACCAGGUGGUUUUGAGUUUUGUGCUAAAGAACCCCAGGUGCUGCUGACUUCAGUGGGAGCACACGCUCCCCAAAAGUCCUCUGGAAUAGGCAGACCCCAUCAGUCAGGUGCCCGCUCGGCGCCGGCCGAGGGAGGACAGCCUGUCACCAGCAAUGAAGCAGGGGCAGCAAACGCUGACGCUGCCGAGCUCAUGCACGUCCUUCGUUGUCUUGGGUGGGGUUUUUUGGAAGUCGGUGGUGUUCAGUUCUUGCCAUGGGCUCAGCAUCCCUGAGGACCUGGCAUUACUGCCAACCUUUCAGAUGUCAAAAAUUUGGGCUUCAAGAAACAGGCUGAAAGUCAUAGGGAUUUAACAGAAAUAUUCCAACGUUUCUAAUAACAAUAGAAGUAUUUUGAUGGAUUUUUUUCUUUUCUUUUUUUACUUCUCUUUUGAGCAUACUGAGCAUUUGGACUUUGUUUGGAUUGCUAUAAUUAAUUUUCUCUCUUCAUAGAAUCGUGAGGCUUGGACCUGAAGUCUUACUAAAGGCCAUAAGUAUUAUGAGUCUCAUGACAAAAAUCACAGGACUUAGCAAAUAGUGCUGCCAAGCGUUUUGGCAAGGAGAAGGUAUCCUGCAGAGAGAAUAUUUCAGAAGAGCAGGUUGAGAAUUGGGAGUGUGGUUUGGGAGGUCUGGCCCCAGCAAACACUUGCUGUCAUUGACAGGACAGGAAUGGUGUGUUCGUGCCAGACAGCAGGGCGGUCACCUCUCCCCUUCUAAGAGCAGCAAUUAAUCCUAUCUGCAUGUGUCAGGUAUUUAAUCACUCAGCUCAGGCUAGGGCAGUGGUGGAGAGGGGAGAUAACAGCCACAGGCUUCCCUGGUGUCCCCUGAGCCUCGUUUGAUUGUUCCCUACCUUGGGAACGAGUUUGUAACCUGAAGCUGAUCCUCCCAUCUGGCCCAGUGAAUUUCUCCCCUUCCCUUCAGCUCAGCCUGAGUUUUGGGAUGUAAGCUCCUACCGCAAUCCACUUCUCAUGCUUGGUGGCUGCCAGUCACCACACCGCGGAGUGCAAUGGAUGUGUGUCCAGUGACGGUGUCAUGGGGCUCAGUGUCAGGUCCUGCCCUGCCAGGCAGGUGGAUAUGGAGGUCUGAGGAACGUCUUAGCCAUCUUCAGCUGGCAGUAGGAUGAAGAGAUCAUGUCUGAUCAAAGCAGGCACCUGCCUUGCAGGCAAGAACAGUUUUUCAAAAGCUAGAUUAACCUAGUUCUGAGCCAGGCAAAGGACUAGCAGAGGGGCACGUGCAAGAAGUGGCAGACCUUGGUCCUCACGGGGCAUACAAGGCAGAGUUGGGUGCCCUCACCACCAUGCCACAGGGCAAGGCAUGCCGUCGGAUGUCAGGAUCAGGGGAAUCUAGUGCAAAAAACAGAGCCACACUCUAAAGAAAAUAGUCUAGAGAGGGUUAAGAAUAGGACCAGGACCACUGGAACAUCUCCAGUGUAGCUGGAAGCAAAACCCGUGCCCUACAAUCAUCUGCAGCACUAGGUACGGGGAAUCUGGCGUGAAGUCGCCAGGAGCUGCCAUCAGGAGGCCGCGCAGACAUCUUUUGUGUACGACCAAUGAUCAGCACACACCGUAGCUGCAGAUUCCUUAUAAAUUCCCCUAUAUAGAUUUCCUUAUAUCUGCAGAUUCCGAAUUCCCUUAUAAACUCAGGGAUCUCAUGUAAUUUGGGGCACACUGCAUCCUCUCCUCCGAGGAGCUCCAAGCCCAGAAUCACCAUAACCACUGGGAGGCAGCUGAUCGAAAUUAGAUGGUGCUGACAGACAGAUCCGCACAAGGACUACAGACAGCUGCAACUUAAGACAGAGGUUUUGAUAGGUCUUCAGAAGCAUGAAGAAACAAAUUAAAACUUAGUUUACUUUCUAGAGAGAUGGAGUUAAUUUCUGCUGAAUAGAUCAUUACGUAUUUGAGCAAGGAUUUGAGUGCAUCUUCCUUUUCAGCCAUUUCACGGGCUGGAACAAAUUGUACUAAAUAACAUUUUCAAAACCCACGCCUGAACCUGAGCACAAAGGAGAACUUUUGCACCCACUUGUCUAGGUGGUGCAUGGCUGCAAGUGUGGUCCAGGCCGGUAAUCCAAAUUCUCCCACAAGCUAGGGAGUUGGCUCCUUUUCAGAGAUUGCAAAGCCCCAAUUAAAACAAAAGUGGGUGCUGAGCAUCUUUGCAAACCAGAUGUCUCAAAUAGCCACUUGGCAAUAGAAGCACUGCAGCCAGCAGGCUAUUGGAAAUAUUGAAAUUUUGGUUUUCUCCUGUCUGCCUCAUUUUUCUUCCUUUGUAAAACAUUGCUAAUAAUGCAUCCUUAUCUCACAGAGGAGAAUUCAUUAGCUGGCAUUUGUAAAGCACUUUGGAAAUGCAAAGCCAGUGCAUUAUUCCUAGUCUUCUGGAUGCUUUCCAUGUUAUUAAAAUCAGGAUUUCAGAAGGGCUUAUCGGGGAUCAAAACAGCAUCCCAAACUUGAAAGGAAGCAAGACUGUUAAACCAUCAACUGUCGCCUCCCCCUCCAGCCAGAUGUUAAGCCCUAAAGAACUGAAGUGGCACAAGGAAUUACUUUCCCAAGUUCCCCCAGCUGGGCUGACAGGCCUUGAUCAAUGGUUUUCUCCACAGUGAGUGCUAUGCAGAUGGUCUACCCAGAGCAAGGUUUCUGUGAAGUACAAAGGGAAGUCAAACACCAUUUCUAAUUCAGCUUGUAGCAUGGCACACUUCCUUUAUCCUCUGCCUGAAUGCAGUGAAUAGGAGAGCAGUGUGGGAAACUGGAAGGGGCUCCAAACUCACACAGUCUGCGGGGCUGUACGACACUCCUGUCCUCAAGCCACAUCUGCCUGUGACAGACAGAGGGGGAAAAGAGUGACAGAACGAAAAAUCAGAUUAUAAAAACUUCAUGACAGGAAAAUAAACCCCAAGUAAAAGGAAAAAAAAGUGAAGGAAGCUGCGCACAGAAAUUGUGCCAGACUCAAACCGGGGCCUGCCAAGCAGCAGAGCGCAGGAGGGCUGGGAGGCAAGGACAGGGAAAGGAGCUGCAGGAGCAGAAUCUUGCUGGCCCACCAGUAAGGCCAAAGAAAAUUGUCUCACUGAAAGUGGCAGAGGUGGUUUCAGCCCACACUAAGGCUUCUGAGCCACGUAGUCUGCUUGCCACUUUAAUUCCCCAGCUUUUUUUAAUAUGUCCCAGGAAACCCAGACCCUUGAUACUAGUCAAGCUGCUCAUAAGCUUAUGCAAACUGUUGCAAACGGAUACAGAAGCUCCUCCAAUCCUUAAUUGCUCUGGCAUGUUAAUCUGGAUUGCUGUUUGCUGUAAUUUAAAUAUGGGGUUUAACACAUGACCAGUUUCCUCCUGCCAGCAUGGAGAUCUUCUGCUGUAGGCGAGGCAUUGCCUCACUUCAGCUUUGCCCAGAAUAACGUGGGUUUUUUUUCCUAGGACGUCCGUGGAAUCACUGGCAGAUACCAAGAGACUCUGCUACCAGGUACCACCUGACAGUCAGACUGCCCACACCCCAGGUUGCUCAGCACCUCUGUCUUGCUAUUCUUUUCAUCAAAGGCUGGCCUGCCCAAAUAUGACGGCAACCAUUGCAGCACAUCACCCGUAAUGGUACAGCAGGGCACCGAUGCCCUAGCUCCACGUCUCAGCUGGUGUCCUUGAGCAAACCUGGAAAUACCAAGCUUUGAAACGCCAAUGGUGCAGGUCCCACUCAGGCAGCCAUCACGGCAGCUUUGCAGUUGGGUUUUUGCACCUCUUUGCUGCACAGUGCUAAGGGAAGAAGAUGACUCCUGUGACCACGAGGAUAUCGUGAUACUUUUGUGUGACCCAGAUAGAGCUAUAGGAGCUGGGCUUGGCUUUUAAGAAAAUUAGAUCCGAUUUUAUACCAGCAAUACUAUGGGGAACCUUUUCUCUUCAUUAAUACCUCUAAACUAUUUUGUGUUGCUUGGAUGAAAGGAAUGGGAAACAACAGACAAGUUUCUGGUAUUGGUAUCUGGCAGGUGAAAAUUCAGGCUCAAAUUUUGCUGACUAGGAUUUUGAUAUAUUCCACUGCAGGUGUAGAGGUAAUUUGUAUUUACACCCAUUAACUGGUGAUCAGGAAACAGCUCUGGAGGUACAAAAGCUGCAGGCCAAAUCGAGCAGUCUGCUUCACCCUUCAUGGAGUCCAGAGUUUGUACUGACUUCAGUGAGGACCCAAGUAAGGCCCUUAGGAUUGGACCCAUUUUAUUUUUCACCUCGGGAUGGUCUGUAGGACUCAGCACUAAUUGAGUCUCCUACAUUUUGCUGUCUUUCCCGUUCUCUGUUCGGGAGCAUUGCUCCGUCCCUGCUCCCAUGCGUUUUAGCUUUCUGAAUGACUUACUAACAUAAGGCCAUGGAAGUUUGUGUACCUCUCGGUUUCCCACACCAUUUCUUAACUACAUUCAUUCCUGCCACAAAGGAAGUGUGCCUGACUACAAACCACAUUAGCAAUGGUGCUUGCCUCUGCAUUGUGUUCAGUGGGAAACCCUGCUCCCCAAAGGCCAUCUGGGCAGCACGCAUCAGGAGAGAAGCAAUGGGAGCAAUGAGCAUCUCUUGAGGCUUGGGAAAGCAGCAGCAUCUUUAAGUCUUCCUAAAGAGCUAACAUCUGGCAGAGAUUCUGGGGGAAGGCUAAUGCUGUAUUUCAAACAUGUUAUCCAGAGUCUUGGCAUCCUAAUGAGUUUUCUAUGCAAUACUGUGUAUGUUUGGAGCCCUUGCAGAAGGUGUGUAAUUCAGAAUUCCUUAUUCUUAGUGUAAAGUCCACUGACUCUGCUAACUUUAGAAUAGGGAGGAAUUUUUUGUUACCACUUUCCUUUAGGAUUUCCAACAAAAGCAGAAGCAGAGCAUCUCUUUUGGGUAAUUGAGCAUCUAAUUUGAGUUACUCUGCCAAGAUGGUCAGUAAUUUACUAUUUUUUCCUCUCACAGACUGUGAAACCAAAGAGAAAAUAAAAAGCUAUUUUAUAUAUAAGUUUUUAUUUUAGAUGCUUUAGAAUUCAUGUGUGACACUGAGUGAGGAAAUAGAAAUCUCAGUGGAUUUACAAUCUGGGGGAGAUUUUGCUACAUUCACCUCACAAUAAUAUGCUGAAUAUUGUCAUUUUUAUUACCGCACGUGUUCUAAACAUGUGGGGCCUCCAGCCUCUAUAAUUAAGUGAAUUUCUCAAGGCCACAGAAGGUUAUUUAGCAUUCAGCCCACUCAGUAGCAGGCUUUAGGUCAGUUUGGAUCCUAAUGGAGAAGAAAUUUUGAGCGCUGCCCCCUUGAUUGUGCCCAGUGCACAACCUCUACCGCAGUGCAGUCAGGCCAAGACUGGCUCUUACUCCUUUCCAUUUGGCUUCAGACUGGCCAAGUGUUGAGCAGCAGAGCUGUUCUGGAAUCCCUGCUGGGAAAGCUGGUGCUGUCUUUGCUGGACUAUGCUUUUUUUGUAAGGGACCUGAACUCACCUUGCUCUGAAACCAAGUCAGCGGCUGAGUUAAAGGCAGGAAGGCUGAAGGCUUGGGUUACAGCCACAGUGCCUAACCAUGUAAUUACUCAGCAGCAGGAGAAAAAAAAAAAAGGUGCAUCACAUCCCAAGUGCGCACAGUAAACAGACAUGGAACAGGACUUGAUGCUUGGGAUCCUGUAAAAAGUCAGGUAGGCAUUUUUAUCUCAUACAAUUUAUUCCUUCAGGAGGGUGUAUGGAAGUUACGUUCUUGGAGCAAGAAAAGAGAUCGAGGUUUUCAUUCUAACUUGAGCCAAACGGUGUAGUAGUGAAUUAAGCAAAAUUUCUACCAUGGCCAAGGAGAGCAAGGUGGCUCAGGCUAGCAUGACUGCUCCCGUGGAGUUAACUUUGUAAUCCCCUGGGUGCUGAGUGGAAAAACAAAAGGUCCAUGUGUAAAAUCCCGCUGUAGAGAUCCCAGGUGGAAUCAGCAGUGGCAGACGUGAGUGGCAAAGCAUUCAGCCUGGCCUGGCUCGGCUGAGGGGCUGCAGCCAGCUCUUUCCUCCCUCCCUCCCAUCUUCAGAACCAUCCCAGAAACAGGCAGACCAAGUCACUCAAGUCACACAUGUGCUCUGCUACAGUUUUGUCAUGGAAACUUAAUUUGUCCUCCCCCAAAAUGAAAGUCCUAUGGUGCAGGAAUGUGAUGAUGCACAGAUUGCUGAGAAGCAGCCUUAGUUUCUUGUGUACUGUGGGUAAUUGCAGGGCAGGCACCUGACGCUUUAAACAGCUUUGUUGGACUAAAACUGGAGUGCCUGUUUAUGCGACUUGUGCUGGAAGGGGAAAUUAUUGCUGUUCCUACGGCUGCUUAUUAGUGAGUUGAUCUGGAAAACAGAAACUGUCUCCAGCAAAGCUGCUAGUGGACCCUGCUGAUCAUGGGGUUGGCACAUUUCUUCUUCACGCACUUAAUUAACGAGCUCAAGAAAUGAGUGACUACUCAGGAGUUUCUGUUUCAGGGAAUCUCCCCAAGAGGGAUGCACAGAGCGAAAGAUUGGUUUCAGAGGUGGCAUUACAUGGGCUCAAAGAUAAUCCACAAGCUUUGAGGAGAACAUGUGAAAUGGUGCCACAAAAGCUUUCCCACAACUUGACAUAAAAGACUCAGAGCUCAACAGCUGCUGCUCCGUACGAAAAGAAGGAAGCCUAUUCAAGAGCAGUACAAUAGGGAGGGAAAGGCAGAGCCUGGAAGAGGUCAUUUAAGCCUUACCUGGUCUUACAGAUAAUGAGUUGCGGAAUGGGAGAGAGAUGUGUCUGUGUGUAUGUGUAGUCACAUUAAAAGACAUGUGUGACCACACACAUAUAUGUUAAUAUAUACGUGAGCACACAUACACAUAUAUUAAUGUAAACAAAACCAGUAUUUACUUACUCCCCUUUUUUUUUUCGGUAAGAGAGCCCCAGGCAUAAACCCUAGCGUUACUUGACAGUAAUUUAUCUGAUUAUUAUUAUUCCUGUAUUGAAUCUUAUAGAGGGAGAUCCUGACGGUCACAGAGAAAGGUGUUGAACUGAUCCAGUCUCCCAGCACAUUUGGAGUAAAUCGGGGACCGGUUCUAGAUGUGUGGUUAAUGUUGCCGCCUGCCCGCUUCGGCCUUCUCGUGGUGUAACGGGGCAACGUUGCCGACAGCCUUGCUCUGCACAGGCCAGGGAGCAUGUACGGAGGAUUCAGAAAACGUUCUGCUGCCUUUUCCUUCUUCCGCUGCUCGUGUGAGGUUGGAGCUCAUAAGGGACAGCAGCACUCGCAUGGGCAGAUAAAUGCAGGCAGGUCUGGUUCGGGUCUUCCUACAUGAAACUCUGGCUCUGUGUUUAUAGCAUACAAGUAGCAAGACCGUUAACUCUUCCAGUUGCAGGCAUCUACUGAGCAAAGACUGUGCACCUCAGUGUAGAAACUGCCCCGGUGGAGAAUGAGGGAUCAGGAAUUCGGUUUCUAAUAAUUUUAUGGGCUAUGUGAAUUUCUUCUGCACUCAGUUUUCCUUUGUGCAUAGAUUAAAUGAAAAUAACUAGAGUAAGACACAUGUUGGGGAGGAAGUAAGAAAGCAGCAUGUGAGUCUAAAUUGAUCCCCAAACACUCCAAGAUCCUUCUCCUUGCGGAUUUCUCUUGCAGGUAUUUGAAAACAGAAACUUAAAGUGCUUGUGACAUGGCUUGAGAGUGUUCUGAGGAGGUGUGUAAGGUGCCAAGGGAAGAGAACAAAGAUCAAAACAGAAACUGUUUUCAAUAACUGUGUGUACUUACAGUUAAGUGUAUUUAUUUGCAGUAAGCCAAACUGGAAAAGCUGUUUUCUGUUUCACAUGGGAAAACUGGUGCCACAGCCACGUGAGGGAGAACAACUGGCUCUGGCUUACUGAGAAAACAAGGUGAGGGGAUUUAAAGAAACUCUGCUCUUUAACUCAGAAAGCCAGAACAUGCUCGUAUGUGCAUGCUGAAGCGUGUGCCUGCGUGCGUCCCCGGAGAGGAAUGCAGCCCCACGCCGUGGUCUGCCCGCAGCAGUUUAUUUCCCGCCACGGGCAGCUGACCUCCUCCUUCCUCCACGCAUGUGAACCCAGGGCCGCGUCUGGAAUGCUAUUGAUCUGCGGCAUUAGUCAGCAGCCUCUUCCCAUUGAAGGCCAGCUCUUUCCCAGCUUCUGACACGUAAUUCUGAUCCCAGCCUUUCACGCACCACACACUCCCCACCUGCUCAUCUGGGAGAAGGUCAUUAUCCCCGGGCUAUUCACUGGCAAUGGAGCAUGCAAGAAUGGCUGCUUCUCUUAUUGUGCUGCCUGUCUCCCCGAUUGGCUGUGGAGUGUGGGAAACUCCGCCGCGCCAGAGACCCACAGCCUCUCAGAGAGGUUGCACGGUAUAAAUAUCGGGCAGAGCAGCUUCCAGCAACACGCUUCCCCUGGACUUCCACUCGGAGACCUUCCUUCCUUUCUCAGGACAGAUGGCUCCCAGCACUGUUUUCAUGGAGCCCGACAACCUGCUGACACCAAAGGAGAAAAACAAACUCAGGAAACCCAUUGUAGAAAAGCUGCGCCGUGACCGGAUUAACAGCAGCAUCGAGCAGCUGAAACUGCUCCUGGAGAAGGAGUUUCAGAGACACCAGCCCAACUCCAAGCUGGAGAAAGCCGACAUCCUGGAGAUGACCGUCAGCUACCUGAAGCAGCAGAGCCAGCUGCAGAUGAAGACUGCAGGAUCCUUCCAUAAAAGCUCUCAGUUUGACUUCAGAGAGGGCUAUUCUAGGUGUUUGCAAGAAGCUUUCCAUUUCCUCUCUCUUCAUAAAGUCCGAACUGAAACGCAGACCAAACUUUUAAGCCACUUCCAGAAGAGCCCAUCGGCUGCUACGGAGGUCGCCUUUUCCCCUGGGAACCCCAGCACCCUGAAGCAAGCAUCUCCGAAAGAUGCCAGUACUCUCUGGAGGCCCUGGUAGUCAGGGGCAUCCUUCCGUGGCGGACCUUUGCCUUUUACAGUCCCGAGGAAGGACCUGACUGCAUCUGAUAGUCCAGCUCCGAUCCUCUCUUCUGUAGGGAAUUUUAUUUCCCUGUGUAUUUUAUUUAUGUGUGAAAAGAAUGGCGUACUUUUGACUUUCAUGGGAUCCUUUGGCAAAAGUUUGGGUAUUCUGUUGAGCGGUGUUGAAGCUGCGUAGGCGCUGGCGGUAACAGCACGCAGCACGCUGCCCCGUCAGGGGGCGAAUGUCUCCAAAAUGAAGGAGGGUAUUUUCGUAAAUGUUACAGUUGUGACGGACAAGAGUUGCUGUAGGAGAGAU